ACACUCAUAUAUAUACACACACUCAUAUAUACACACGCACUUAUAUAUACACACACUCAUAUAUACACACACACUCAUAUAUACACACUCACUUAUAUAUACACACAGUCAUAUAUACACACACACUCAUACAGUGGGGGAAAUAAGUAUUUGAUCCCCUGCUGAUUUUGUAAGUUUACCCCCUUACAAAGACUUGAACAGUCUAUAAUUUUUAUGGAAGGUUUAUUUUAACAGAGAGAGACAGAAUAUCAACAAAAAAUCCAGAAAAAAAAACAUUAAAUAAAAGUUAUAAAUUAAUUUGUAUUUAAUUAAGGGAAAUAAGUAUUUGAUCCCCAAGAAUUCUGACCCCCACAGCAAGAAUUCUGACCCCCACAGACCGGUUAUGUGCACAAAAGACACACAAAUUAGUCCUGUCCCUGUAUAAAAGACUCCUGUCACAGAAUCAGUUUCUUCCAUUCAAAUCUCUCGACCACCAUGGGCAAGACCAAAGAGCUAUCAAAGGACGUCAGGGACAAGAUUGUAGACCUGCACAAGGCUGGAAUGGGCUACAAGACCAUCAGCAAGAAGCUUGGUGAGAAAGAGACCACUGUUGGCACGAUAAUUCGAAAAUGGAAGAAAUACAAGAUCACAGUCAAUCGCCCUCGCUCUGGAGCUCCAUGCAAGAUCUCACCUGAAAUGAACAACCAUUUCCACGAUCACAUGAAGAGCUGCAGGGAUGUUAAAUAUGAUGCGCUGGUGAAGAUUAAGACUGAAUGUGAGAACCUGAUGCCCACCAGAAGCUCCAGUAAUCAGCAAACGUCCUCUGAUCCUGUCAGCAUUAACACGUCUCACCAGGGGAAACAGCAAAAAGGAAACGUCUGCUCACUGUGUGGGAGGAGCUUCAGGUUCCAGAGUGAUCUCAAAAUACACCAGCGCAUUCACACUGGAGAGAAACCGUAUCAGUGCUCACAGUGUGGGAAGAGCUUCAGGUUCCAGAGUGAUCUCAAACAACACCAGCACAUUCACACUGGAGAGAAACCGUAUCAGUGCUCACAGUGUGGGAAGAGUUUUAAUAGUCGAAAUCAUGUCAAAACACACCAGCGCAUUCACACUGGAGAGAAACCGUAUCAGUGCUCACAGUGUGGGAAGAGUUUUAAUAGUCGAAAUCAUGUCAAAACACACCAGCGCAUUCACACUGGAGAGAGACUGUAUCAUUGCUCACAGUGUGGGAAGAGUUUUAAUAGACAGAAUCAUUUCAAACAACACCAGCGCAUUCACAGUGAAGUGAAACCGUAUCAGUGCUCACAGUGUGGAAAGAGUUUUAAUCAACAGAGUGGUCUCAAAACCCACCAGCGCAUUCACACUGGAGAGAAACCAUAUCAGUGCUCACAGUGUGGGAAGAGUUUUACUCAACAGAGUUAUCUCAAAACACAUCAGCGCAUUCACACUGGAGAGAAACCGUAUCAGUGCUCACAGUGUGGGAAGAGUUUUAAUCAACAGAGUAGUCUCAAAAAACAUCAGCGCAUUCACACUGCCGAGAAACCAUAUUAGUGCUCACAGUGUGGGAAGAGUUUUAAUACUUGAUUGUAAUGGUAAUAAUACCAGUUUUAUUUUAAUAAAGAGAUA